CUCCCCCCCCCCCAUCAUUUUGAUACCGGUAAAAAUGGUCCCAUAGAUAUCUCCAUGCUUCGCCACAGUGUUCAGUGCGGGUUUGCUGGUGAACGGUGGCCUCGUUGCCACAUUGGAGAUCGCUUGUCACUAUUUGGUUGCCACGACUAGGAGUCGAACUUAGGUGGCUGUUCUCAUUGGGAAGUCUACUGCUAUUGCACCAAUGCUCUCGCCGUUAUUGUACUGCAUUCAUAGGUAUAUUAUUCCAGGACAAGUUGAAUGGUUUAACCUCAGUACUUUUGAAUAUGAAUUCCUUAAAGUUCACGUAAACCAUAAACAAUCAUGUGCUCAAGAUGUUAAAUUCAUGCUGCCGCCUUUGUUCUGGAUACUGACGUUCAGUUGAGGCAUCAUUUGCCACUGAUCCUAACCGUGGCCAUGAACCCGUGUAGGGCAUUAUCUUAGUGGUGGUCAGUGAUUUAAGUCUUGAGUACAAUCUGUAUAUUCAUAAUAAAGGGUUUUGUGCUCAGUGCUGGUUAACCAUUUUAUUAGUUUAGGUGGUAGGACUGGAAUAUGUUUUACAAUUGUUUACUCCUCACCUGUAACCAAGUACUGUUAUUCUCGCGUUUUAUUUGCUUUGAACCUUUGGUACUUACAGCAUUGGCAGUUGGGACACAACUAAGUCACUGACGUAACAGCAUGGCGGAGAGCGGAAAGGAAGAACAAACAGAGAGAAUCCUCAUGGAGCCGUACAACUACUUACUUCAGUUGCCAGAUUAUAAUGGAGGUGACGCAAAUGCUGCACAAUGCGAGUCUGUUGGUGGACGACAUCGAGGACAACUCGAAGUUGCGGCGCGGCCUGCCCGUGGCGCACAGCAUCUACGGCAUUCCCUCUGUCAUCAACUCCGCCAACUACGUUUACUUCCUCGGCCUGGAGAAGGUGCUGACGCUCGGCCACGCUGACGCCGUCGCCCUGUUCACCAGCCAGCUGCUGGAGCUGCACCGCGGCCAGGGCAUGGACAUCUACUGGCGUGACUCUUACACCUGCCCCAGCGAGGAGGACUACAUACGCAUGGUUCUGCGCAAGACGGGCGGUCUGUUUGGACUUGCGGUGGGGCUAAUGCAGCUGUUCAGCGAGAACCAAGCCAACCUGCGGCCAAUACUUGACACGCUGGGGAUGCUCUUCCAAAUUCGGGAUGACUACGCCAACCUGCGCUCGCAAAAGUACAUGGAGAACAAAAGUUACUGCGAGGACCUGACUGAGGGAAAGUUUUCCUUUCCGCUCAUCCACGCCAUACAAUCGGAGCCUAAUUGCACACAGGUGCUGAGCAUCUUGCGGAAGCGGACAGAAGACAUCGACGUCAAGCGGUACUGUGUCGAGCAUCUGGAGCGCUUGGGCUCCUUCGAGUACACGAGGCAGACUUUGUUGCAACUGGAGAAGCAAGCGUACAAGCAGAUUGCCGAGCUGGGCGGGAAUCCACUCCUGGAGGCGCUGGUCAAACACCUUGCGGAGAUUUUCCAGCAGGAGCCAAAUGCACAGGAGUAGGGAACGCUGCACUCACCCCUCGGUACUGUACAUUCAGUGCAUGUGGUGUUCGCGUCCAUUCUCGUGGCGCAAGGCUAUCGCGGAAGAAGCAGCACUGUGCGAGCUCUUGCAGUAGUACAUGCAAUCGUGCAGAAUGCACUUGGACAGAACACGGAUGGAGGGUAACGUUAUUCGAAUGUAAGUGGUGUUUCUGCCCUUUGGUGCUCUGACCAUGCUCUGUUUAGUACCUCAGGGCAUUGUAUGAGUGGAUGUUUUUUUAAAUAUAAAAUGUAAGUUGAAAAAGUCAAGUAGAGGCGGACAAUUCGCAAUGCAAUCGACUAAAUUAUGAAUACAAUUACACAACCUGUUAAUUCACUGCUGCAUGCAGGUAAACCCACACCAUAUCAAUCAUGGGGUUUGUUUGACGAGACUUUGCUAUGCCGGUCAGUCGCUUGAUGAAGAGGAAGCCUAGGACUAGUUACAAAAAUAACUGAUUGUAGCCAAGGCUGGGAAUUGAAAAUGGGUUCACAGGUUCAUAGUGCACCGCCACCAACUGCUGCGCUGCCACUCCACACGUCGAUACAAUUAUUGAGCAAAAUCAAUUUUAAUGUAAUGGUGACACGAAAGCCAAAUGUUAAUUGCACCUUUCAUCAGUGUUACAUUAAGAGGAAGUGCAGCAAAUUUCCUUAAUAUCCAUCUUGUAUCAGUAGAUGUAGUUGCAAAACGGGAACAGAAGGGUAGUCUCGCCCUUCUAAAAGAUAAAAUGUAACAUCUAAGGAAGAACAUUGCAUUAUUUUGCAUGGGGUAUAUGAUAUAUCAGAUUGUCACGACUGAUGUUAUACACAUGCAGGUUGCUUGCAUUUUCCAGACUUUAAUUUGCAUUUUUCUGAGUUGACACAUACUAAUAUGAGGUUCACCAUUGCCUGGAGAAGUCUCAUAAAACCACUUAAGACUGCUGUAUCCAGAACUAGUUCCUAAACGUUGCUGAUGAAAACAUACCCAAGUUUGGUGCAGUACGCCUCAUUUUCAAGUGAAAUGAAAAGUUGGUACACUCGUAAAUGUAACAUUUACACAAUUAAGUGUUAAGUGUACACCUUGUGUGCAAAUUAUAAAAACACACAGGCGUCUGUGAUUGUCAAUACUGGUGCAACAAUUACGUUUGGAAUUUUUUACAAUUGUUUACACUGAAAAAUGUAUGGUUUAACUUUGCAAUAUUUCAUUUAAUUACGUUUUAGUGUUGGGGUGUAAUGGUUUACUUGUGCAAAUUUUCUACACGGAACACGACUUUUUUGUAUUGAAUGCCAAACAUAGUUAAAUAAACGCUUUGAAAUACAAUGUGAUAAAUGCAAUGUACACAAAUGUUUGUGAUUUUGUUUUCACUUGUGUAUCUUUGUUUGCAAAUAACGCCUCAAUGCAUUGUGUGUACCCUUUGGAAUUACCUGUAUGGAUAUUAAAAGUUAUUUGAAGCAUUUUCA